AUCAGGACUCCAGUGAAAGGGACGGAUACUGUCAGUAGAGCUGUUGGUGGAGAAGAGAGGCUGAACAUCCAGAGGAAAAAAAAAAACAACUAAAAACGAGAAAAAUGCAGAUAGUGAUCAGGAAGUUUAAGCCCUCGGACCAUGAGGCUGUUAGAGCCAUAUUUCGAGAUGGACUCCAUGAGCACAUCAAUCCGUCCUUCAUUUUUGCUGUUUCCCAGCCGUUCCACAUCACUCUGACGCUGUGCUGCUGUGCUGUGGGCUACUGGCUGGGUGGAGAGUCGGUGGGCGUGGCUCUGCUGGCUGGAUGCUGCUGGAUAGGCCUGGUGUACGUCUGCUGCUAUGAAUUCUACAGUCGUUACGUCCAAAUGAGGCUCCGCACGGACAUGCAGGACAUCACCUCUUCCUACCUCAGCCAUCCAGAUAACUGCUUCUGGGUGGCUGAAGCUGAGGUGAACGGACGGCCUCAGGUGGUUGGUACGGUGGCUGUGGAGGCUAAAAAGCACCCAGAAAGUGGGCAAAAGUAUGCAGAACUUGUUCGAUUGUAUGUGUCGUCUGCAGCUCGUCGAACUGGCCUCGGCUCGAGACUGGGUCAGACAGCUGAGAACUUCUGUAAGGAGCGAGGACUGUACAGGAUAGUGCUUGAUGCGAGCUCCCCACAGAGAGCAGCUCUGGCUCUGUAUAACAAGAUGGGUUAUCAGCUCAUCCAGAAACAUGAAGGAACUGACAGUCCUUGGUGGGUCGUCAGACUGAGCAGAAUUAAAUGUAAUAACAUGGAGAAAAUCUUGUAACCGUGAUCCUAUGUUUAUACAUUUUAGACACGAUUGUUAACGAAAAUCAAAUAACCCCGUCUUUAACUUCAACUUACUUGGUAAAGGGGAAGCACUGUUAUUUCAUGUAUGGAUUGUAACAUUUAACAUACUCUAUAUACUUCAUUCCUUGUCAGAAAAUUAUAGAAAAAAAUAUUUUCUAGUGUUGUCAAGCAAAUAAAAAUUACUU